CUCAUCAUUCAAACAGUUGCUUUAGAGCUUCUAGCAAAGAAAAAUGGCAACGCAGACGAGUUUGUUAGGCUUCCUUGCCGUUGGAUUUCUUUGUUUCAUUUGUCUUCCUGCUGAGGCUUCCCUUAAGAAAUAUCAAUUUGAUGUUAAACUGUCAAAUGUGAGCAGAUUGUGCCAUGCCAAACAAAUGGUAACAGUAAAUGGGGGAUUUCCGGGGCCAACUAUAUAUGCUAGAGAAGGAGAUAGAGUUCAAAUCAAUGUUACUAACUACGCACAAUAUAACUUGUCGAUCCAUUGGCAUGGUUUGAAACAAUAUCGCAAUGGUUGGGCAGAUGGUCCAGCUUACAUAACUCAGUGCCCUAUCCAGACAGGAAAUAGCUAUGUUUAUGAUUUCAAUGUAACAGGACAAAGAGGAACCUUAUGGUGGCAUGCACAUAUUCUUUGGCUAAGGGCAACUGUCUAUGGUGCAAUAGUGAUCAUGCCACAACAAGGAACUCCCUUCCCUUUUCCUCAACCAGAUAGGGAAGAAGUACUCGUACUAGGAGAAUGGUGGAAUGCUGAUGUUGAACAGGUUGAGAAACAAGGAAAUGCAUUAGGUUUACCUCCUAAUAUGUCUGAUGCUCACACGAUCAACGGAAAGCCAGGGCCUCUUUUUCCAUGUUAUGAGAAACAUACUUUUGCCAUGGAAGUUGAAAAAGGAAAGACAUACCUGUUGAGAAUUAUCAACGCUGCUCUCAAUGAUGAGCUCUUUUUUGCCCUGGCUAAUCAUACCUUCACAGUGGUAGAAAUUGAUGCAGUCUACACAAAACCAUUCACCACAGAGGCCAUUCUGAUUGCACCAGGACAGACUACAAAUGUUCUGGUUCGCGCCAACCAAGUUCCGGGAAGAUACUUCAUGGCUGCAAGGGCCUUUAUGGAUGCUCCAAUCAGUGUGGAUAACAAGACUGCCACUGCUAUAUUCCAGUACAAGGGAAUCCCAGAAACUGUGCUUCCAAAACUUCCUACCUUGCCUGCACAGAAUGACUCAGGCUUUGCUUUGAGUUAUAACUCUAAACUGAAAAGCCUAAAUACUCCCAAAUAUCCAGCAAACGUUCCCCUAAAUGUUGAUCGACAUCUCUUGUUAACAGUUGGACUUGGGAUGAAUCCUUGUCCCACCUGUCUAAAUGGAACUCGGCUAACAGCUUCUCUGAACAACAUUUCCUUUAUCAUGCCACAAACUGCACUUCUUCAAUCUCAUUACUUCAACAUUAAAGGCGUGUACACUCCAGAUUUCCCAGACAAACCACCUACUCCGUUCAAUUUUACAGGGGCACCUCUUACAGCAAACCUAAGGACAAAUGUAGGUACCAGGAUCAGUAAAAUUGCUUUCAAUUCCACAGUUGAAAUAGUAAUCCAAGACACCAACUUGUUAUCGGUGGAAUCACAUCCUUUCCAUCUCCAUGGUUAUAAUUUCUUUGUGGUGGGAACUGGCAUCGGAAAUUUUGAUCCCAAAAAAGAUCCAACAAAAUACAACUUGAUUGAUCCUAUUGAAAGAAACACUGUAGGUGUUCCAACUGGUGGUUGGACUGCUAUUCGAUUCAGAGCUGAUAAUCCAGGUGUCUGGUUUUUCCACUGUCAUCUGGAGUUGCACACAGGCUGGGGACUGAAAACAGCAUUUUUAGUGGAAGAUGGACCAGGAUCAGAUCAUAAUAUUCUGCCUCCACCAAAGGACCUUCCAUCCUGCUAAUUUCACAUGGCUUUACUUUCAUCUGUCUAGAUUGAUUUCGUGUGCAAGUUUAUAGAAUUUGUUUCAUUCCCCAUAAGGAAGCAUAAGGCUUCGAAGAUUAUACACACUUAAGACAAGUGUGCAUAGGAAAAAUAUGCAAAAUUGGAAAGAAGAGGAGUUUUUAUCCCAGGAAAUUAAAGGGAUUUGUUUGUAAUCUGAGUUGUAAUAAAAAUGUGAUUUUGUACUAUUUUUUUUUAUGAACUUCCCUACUUA